AGCCUUAUCAACAGCGAUUCAAAAUGGCGACAACUAUCCAGACAGUGGCGGGACUGUCACUACUGAUUCACACGGUGCUGUUUACGUCACUCAAUCUGUACAUCUACCUCCGGACGCAGUCCCUCAGUCAGCAAUAUCAACAAGAAUCAGAGGUCUUGGAACUUUUAGAAAAAGAAUGUGAGAGGAGUCAACAUGUGUGGAGUGUGGAUGAAGUUCAGGAGCUUCUGGAGUUACCGGCCCUGAAUGACGUAGCUGAGAGAAACAAGAGACAGACGCCUACUCUCCAGAUGAUGAUGGCAGACAUUCUCAAGGCUCAGGAAUUGGUUUUAGAGCAGCAUUGCAUUAAUAACACACACCUGUGUGUAUACGGUGCAAAAGGAGAAAUUGGAACGCCUGGAAGCAAAGGUGUAACAGGAGAGAAAGGGGAGCCUGGCUUACAACCACAGCGAGGCUUUCCUGGUAUUGCCGGAAGUAAGGGGGAAUUUGGACUUCCUGGUUUACAAGGUGCUGUAGGCCCUAAAGGAGACUUGGGAAAGCUCGGGGAGAAAGGUGAUAUUGGACAAAAGGGCGACAAAGGAGAUCAAGGAGACAUGGGAUCUAAAGGAGUCAAAGGGGAUCCAGGUAUUUCUGGGGAGAAGGGAGAUGUUGGUGUUUCCGGACCUCCGGGAGAUCGGGGAGAAACUGGCGGACCAGGGAAAAAAGGAGAAAGAGGACCACAAGGACCCCGAGGGUUUCCGGGUGAUAAAGGUGAUGUAGGACCAAGUGGAGCACCAGGGAAAAGCCUCGGUCCGCAGUGUCUGUGUAAAGCGCCAAAGCUGAAAGACGACAUUAUUCAAAGCAGAAUCCUGGACCGAGUGAUGAUGAGUUGUCCAACUGGCAACAAUACGGUUCUCAAUAUCACGUGGACGAAAGAUGCCUCAUCUGAGAUUCCAGUACGCAUGCUUCAAACCAGAAAUAAUAUCGUUCUUCCAGAGGUUUAUCCAGGAGAUUCUGGAAUAUAUAGAUGUACUGCACUAGUUUUGGAUUCUGAUGGUAAAACUGGAACGGUACAACACAAAUUUGAAAUACAGAUUGCAUCAGGCAACGAUAGUCAUGACUGUGACUUUGAGAAAGAUUUAUGUACGUGGACACAGAGUACGACCGAUAACUUUGAUUUGUUACGUCAUCAAGGAAACACUCCCACGGCCUUGACCGGUCCAGCGUCUGACCACACGAUUGGCGGAAGUCCUGGUGGACACUAUUUGUACCUAGAGUCGUCAAACCAAAAGCCAGGUGACAAAGCCGUGCUGGUGUCAUCGGACUUCACCAAUACCACACCCCAGUGUUUGACUUUCUGGUACCAUAUGUACGGCCCGGAUACGGCAUCACUUCGUGUUAUUCUGACAGGAAAUAGUAAUAGUACCAUAUGGAAAAAAUCUGGGGACCAGGGAAAAGACUGGCAACGCGCCAUUGUGGAAAUCCCUACGUCACUGAAACGACAUCAGAUAAUGCUGGAGGUAACGGAAGGAGCUAAUUAUCUUGGUGAUAUCGCAAUUGAUGACAUCAUCGUUCUGGAUGGGCCAUGCGCAGAUUUUAACAAAACACCGCAGUGAUGAAACCAAAUAUUGCUUUGUUCACAUUUAUUUAAAACUGUAAAUAAAUAACACUAUUUUAUAAA